AUGUCACCAGAUCCAUUACCAUCUGUUGGAGGAACAUCUACUUGUGAAACACAUGUAGAUGUUGAUGCUUUAAUUGAGGAAUAUGUUUGGCAACGAUUUAAAGAUUUGUUGACUAUUAAAGGAUCUGGGCUAGAAUCGUUUAAAAAUCUUGAAUUGGCAGAUGCUGAUUUUGAAAUUAACAGAAAAAAGCUCAUACUUGUUCAUGCUCAGCCAAAUUAUAAUAAUAUUCAACUGACUGGCACUCGUCCCAAUACUAUAUUCAAAUCAUUAUUUACAAACAAUACAAGCCAAACACAAACUUAUUCGUUAAAAACUGAAAGAACAUCAGAAUCAAUUUGUGGGGUAGCUAGAGAGCAAGGAUUUACUUUUGGGGCUGAAGCAGAAUUGUCUUUAAAAAUACCUGGGGAAAUUGCAGAAUUAAAGACUGGAUUUAAACAUGAAGUUCAUUUUAACAAAUUGACAGAAAAUAUUAAAUCUGAAACUCUUACUUGGGCUGUGGACAACAACAUCCAAGUCCCAGCUGGCGGCCAAACAGAAGCAUCUAUUGUUAUUGAAGAAAUGAGUUAUAGAGGGGCAUAUUCUGUCAGUUCAUCUCUUUCUGGCGUUGUAACAGUUAAUAUUCGUCGAUUACGUGAUGGACAAUUAGUUUUGCCGUUUACAGCAAAUAUAGCUACAAUUCUAAGCCAUUAUGUACAAAGAAAUGAUCCUAGAUUGAAAAGAGGGGUUGUUUUUAUGGAGGAUAAGGGAAAAGUUGUUACGUUGAAGAGCAAAGGAAGUUGCCAUUUUCAGUUUGCAAUGAAACAAUAUGUUGAAUUAACUGAACUUACUGGUUACCAACGUCGGGAUACCGUAAAAGAAAUGUCACGGCUAAAUAUACUUCCAAAUUAA